AGAAUGCACGCAGAAGAAGAAAAGAACAAAAGAGCAAGUAAAAGCAAUUCAUUCACACUGUUCUUGUUUUUGGCCUUUCCCUUUUGUUCUCUUCGGACAACCAUUACCCACGUUUCAAGCUUCAAGUCUUCAACCUUUGUCUUCUACCCAUCUCACUGUCUCACACACAGAAAGAGCUGCCACGUCACCAUCACACCGAAUCCAAAAAGCAAACCAAACCAAAGAGCUUUUCAUUUUUCUUCACAUCAUAAAUUAAUGUAAUAAUGAAUACCCCAUUGCGUGAAGAUUUUGAUCUGUGUUGUUGUUGGGUUUUUUUGUUGACCCCACCAUUGUUUUGCUUUGAAGAUUUGCUCUCAACACACACACAGAGAGUUUGAGAGAGAUGGGAAAUUCAUUUGGGUGCUCAGCUUCCGGCGAGAGGCUGGUGUCGGCGGCGAGGGACGGCGAUUUGGUGGAGGCCAAGAUGCUUUUGGAAUGCAACCCUGGUCUUGCCAAGUACUCAACCUUUGGUGGCCUCAAUUCCCCUCUUCAUUUUGCAGCUUCCAAGGGCCAUAACGAGAUUGUGGCGCUGUUACUUGAGAAUGGAGCUGAUGUGAAUUCAAGAAAUUAUUGUGGGCAGACGGCUUUGAUGCAAGCUUGCAGAUAUGGUCAUUGGGAAGUUGUACAGACCCUUCUGCUCUUUAGAUGCAAUGUUAUGAAAGCAGAUUAUCUCAGCGGAAGGACAGCUCUUCAUUUUGCAGCUGUCAAUGGGCAUGUAAGAUGCAUUAGACUUGUUGUGGCUGACUUUGUUCCAAGUGCGCCUUUUGAAGCUUUACACUCUCGCACGGAUCCUAACAUGAGCAGACAUGAGCAUGGUGCCCUGUCCAAGUUUGUAAAUAAAACAGCUGAUGCUGGUAUUACUGCUCUUCAUAUGGCUGCACUAAAUGGGUAUUUUGAUUGCGUACAACUCCUACUUGAUCUUAAUGCAAAUGUGUCAGCUGCAACAUAUCAUUAUGGAACUUCGAUGGAUUUAAUAGGGGCUGGAAGCACUCCAUUGCACUAUGCUGCUUGUGGGGGGAAUUUGAAAUGCUGUCAGAUCCUCCUUUCAAGAGGUGCGAGUCGGAUGGCUUUGAAUUGCAAUGGGUGGCUUUCACUUGAUGUUGCUAGGAUGUGGGGGCGUCAUUGGCUUGAACCGUUGCUGUCACCCACUUCUGAUGUCAUAAUAUCAUCAUUCCCUGCUUCAAAUUAUUUGUCCUUGCCUCUCAUGAGUGUGCUCAACAUAGCCAGAGAGUGUGGAUUGCAAUCAUCUACAACCUCCUCUAAUGAGAUUGACUUUUGUGCUGUCUGUCUGGAGAGGCCAUGUUCUGUGGCUGCAGAAGGAUGUGGGCACGAGCUUUGUGUAAGAUGUGCGCUCUAUCUUUGCUCAACAGCCAAUGUUUCUUCAGAAAUGCAGGGCCCUCCCGGCUCUAUCCCUUGUCCCCUUUGUAGGCAUGGAAUAAUCUCUUUUGUCAAGUUACCAGGUUCCCAAGCAAAAGAAAAUAAGUUACAUGCGUCUCUCAGCCUGUGCACCCCAUGCAUACAACAUCCACGACGCGACCUAGAUCCACAAUCUCAUACACCAGAGAUUCGAAGAAACCGUGUAGCUUCUGUUUCUUCUGAGAUGCUUUGCCCUGUCACCUGUACUCCAUUUCCAUCUGUAGCAAUUCCUCUAUGCACCUGCAAUGAUGGUCCUUGUCCGUCGUGCGAACCCCGAGACAUAGAAACACAAGACGAGUCGCCUCGUCAUUCGCAAGAAACAGAUCAGGACAAAAUGGAAGGGACAAGGCUGGGGAAAACAACUUGUUCAAACAUGUUUUGGGGUAGAAGAAGUUGCAGCAGGGAGCACCAGUGCAAUUCAGAAAUAAAUGCCUGACUCAAUAGGAAGGUGUGUGGUCAUUCUCAUUUUGUGGAUACUGUAUACAGCUUAAUAUCCAGCCUCAAAUUAUGACAUCCAGUUGAUGUUAUAUAUAUGAAGAAGAAAGCAAGCUUCUAUGCAGCUGUUUUGUUGCACAAGCUGCGUGCUAGACGGUAGAUGAUUUUUAUUGGUAUAGACAGAUUGUUGUUGUAAUUGAUUGCAAUUGGAUUUUAUUGUCAUAGAAAAGGAAGUGUUUUCUCAAGAGGGGCAUAGAAAAGUGCCUCUGUUUUAGCUUAUGUAUCAGAUUGAGGUUCUGUACAUUGUGUUUGUCAUGAAUUUGAAAGGUUUAUAAAGAACAAAUUUUGAGUACUAAAA